UGUAGUAAUGUCAGUGAGGAUUGCCAGUGAUCAAGACACGCAUCACUAGAUACGACAAGAGCUAUACUGGAAAGAAAUAUUUGUUGUAAAGCACAAAAGGGCGACACGCACAUCUCUUGGAAGAGAAGUGCUUCACGAUUUUGAAGAUAAAUCUCACGAAAUGUGCAAGAUCUAACAAACCACUGUUGCUUUAGGUCACCGACUUGGAUAGGUAGUUCGGCUGUAACUAGGGUCUGAAGACUUGACGUGAUUUUAGCUUACGAAGUUAGCGUUCAGCUAAAACAUAACGAUUCUUCCACGUGUUACUCUGGGAGAAAACGUAGUUUUCUCGAUGUUAACGACAAUGGUUAAAGACCACGAGCUUUUCCAAGCUAUUAAAUCUCAGGAUUUAUCAGCAUUAUCACGUAUUUUGGCAAGAUACAAAACGUCAAAACACAAACUGUUGAUUUCCAGUAAGAAGGGAGGUAUUAACGUUCAGGAUACCGAAGGCAUGUCGGGUCUUCAUCAGGCGGCACUGAUGGGUGAAACUGCAAUCAUGCAGCUCCUUCUGGAAAAUGGAGCUCACGUGGACAUCAAGGACAAUAAAGGCAUGAGACCACUCCACUAUGCAGCUUGGCAGGGAAAACUGGAACCAGUGUCUCUACUUCUCCAGUACAAUUCUUCCGUUAAUGAACAAGCCAACCACCAGGAGACUCCCCUACACCUGGCUUGUCAACAUGGUCACGUGGACGUGACCAACGAGUUACUGAGCCACAGCUCCAACGUAAGUCAACGGAAUCACGAAUACAAAACACCUCUAGAUUUAGCCUGUGAAUUUGGCAAAUUUAAGGUUGUUGAACUUCUACUCCAGUCUGGACGAUGUCAUUCGUUACUUGAAGAGAGUCCCCAAGACACUGUCGACAAUGACCGUACCACCUGUCUUCAUCUAGCGGCUAGAAAUGGACAUCUUGACGUUAUUAGUGCGUUAGCGGCAGGGUUAAAGAGUAAAAGUCAGGUAUAUUACAAAGAGCACAAUAAUAAACAAACAAUGCUCGUGGAGAAAUAUGAAAUAGAUAUCCUGCCGUCAUUUAACAUGGAACAAGGAAUUUUUGUGUUUACACCCAAGGGCGCGGAAACUAUUGGUGCUGAGGGUGUAGCAGCACCUCCUGGCUGGCUGGCUGCAUUGAGAGGGUGGAAUAAAGCGCAUGCGUGGCUCCCAUCAUGUACAGGAGUUUCGAUUUUAUUCGACAGUUUUUCAGCAUCUCCACCAGAAAAUUUGUAA